ACUUAUACUGAUUACAAACGAUUCCAAAAUUUUAAUAAGCCAUCGACCGGUUUAUUCGACUGACUAUUUGAUUUGUGGCUAACCAAUCGCGUCUACAAAGGAAAUUUCGUACGGGGAAUUCCGCUCAGCUAUAAAUAAACUUUUCUACGGAUUUCCCAAACUUUGGAUUAGGUUUCGUGGAAACAAGAAGGAAGAAUAUUCAUGAGUAUCUUUAAAAACAAAUAGAGCAAUCGUCAAAAUGAGUUGCUCAAAUCAGUUGCAGACAGAUGCUGAUAGUGAUCUGCAUACUUAUAGGAAAAAACUACUUUAUAUCGAUAGUGACUUGACAAAUGAUAAUAUAAAAUGUUUAAAGUUUCUUUGUUUGGAUAAAAUACCUUUAGCAAAACUUGAAAGAAUAUACCAAGGAACAGAACUUUUUGAAAUCCUCUCGAACUAUAACCUCCUAGGGCCAGGAAAUUUAUAUUUUUUGGCACAAUGUCUGAAUGUGAUUUGUCGGAAAGAUCUUUCCAGUUAUCUGAUAGACAGCCAAAUUCUAGAUUUAGAUAACCGUAGAAUAUCAUUGUACAGGAUAUUACUGUUUGAUAUCAGUGAAGAUAUGGAUGCAGAAGAUGUAACGAAAAGUAUUUAUUUUUUCGGAAAAAUUCCAAAGUCUAAGAUGACAAUGAUAACAACUGGAAUGGAUUUGUUUGCUUAUUUGGAACAAGUUAAGGUUAUCAGUCCCCAAAAUUUGAACUAUUUGAUAGAAUUGCUGGAAAUGCUUGGUCGGGGAGAUUUAAAGGAGAAAGUUGAUGAAUACCGGUCCAAAAAUCAGGAUUCCUGCAAUACUAUUAAUGAGAGUAAAAGGCCACUACAAAAAGAUGAAGUGACAAAAAUGAACACAGAAGAGUCUCCCCCUGAAAAACAGUAUAAUAGUAGUAGUAGUAGUCCGAGUUCAGGUGAUAGCAUUAUACCCGACCCCUUACUCAUCCAAAUUUCAUAUCAACUUCAAAAUGAUAAAGGGAAAAUAAGGGAGCUUGGAGUUAGGUUUGGAUUAGAAAUUGAAACCAUUAACCGUAUAUUUCAACAACAUCAGUUACGACCAGAAAUGGCUAUGCUUACCAUAUUUAACAACUGGCAUAGUUCCAGAUGUAAAAUAUAUUCAAAGAAUGAAAUAAAAGAUGAAUUUAUAAGAGUAUUUAAUGCAUGUGGUAUGACCGAACUUUCAAAUAAACUCUCUGAAGUUCUACACAGAUCCCUUGAGAUGGAACCACAACAGACCUCAAGUACUGGAACUAAAAAACAACAUUCAGCAUAUGAAGUUGGAAUGAAAGAUAUACACAUGACUAGUGCGGAAACACAUGAAAAUAUACCCGUUACAACAGGUGAAGCUAGUAUUGUUGAACCGCCAGCACCAAAUGAUGAUAAUCACUCAGAUACAGUAAUGCGGGAUGUUGAAGCAAUACAGAACCUGUCAAUACAGCAACCUCCACAGAUGGAUAUUUACAGAAUGGAUCGAAAACCUAGAGGUUUUUGUAUUAUAAUCAACAAUGAAAAUUUUAAACAUGAUCAUUUGGAUGUUAGUUCCAGAUAUAUGAAAAAUCGUCAAGGAUCUAGCAUAGAUAAAGACCGUUUGAUAAAUACCUUUGGGAAACUUUCGUUUAUAGUGAAAUGUUUUGAUGACCUUACUGCAGUAGAAAUGGCACGUACAAUUAACCAUUUUGCCUUGAAUGAAGAUCACACAAACUAUGAUUGUUUUGUUGUUGCUAUUUUAUCACAUGGCACCAGAGAUAAUGUGUAUGGAUCGGAUGGUAAAAUUGUUGCUAUAAGAGAUCUGACAGGUCCACUCAAACCUCUCAGUUGUCCAAGUUUGUGUGAUAAACCAAAGCUUUUUUUUAUUCAAGCAUGCCAGGGACAGGACAGGCAAGAAGGGUUGCCUUUGGAACGAGAUGCAAUGCCUGAAAUUAAUGUUGAUGAAGAUACGCCAACAAGAGGAGAGGUUAUCCCUAAUGAAGCUGAUUUUCUACUUGGCAUGGCCACCAUACCAGGCUUUGUGUCUUAUCGUAGUAAGACAAUGGGGUCAUGGUAUAUAACUAAAUUAUGUGAAACUUUCGAUCAAUAUGCUGAACAUUUUGAUAUAUUGUGUUUAUUAACAGUGGUGAACAAUGUGGUUGGACAAGCCAAUGCUGAAUUAGAUGGAGGCAGAUAUAAACAGUCACCAGCUCCUUUCUAUACCCUGAGAAAAAGACUCAUAUUUCAGUAAUAGAAAAAUAAAAUGAAGAGCUGAGAUUGUGGAGAAAUACAACAUGUUAAUAUAAAUCUAAAUGGGCUGUGAUAUAAUAAUAAAGACAAUCAGGCCCGUAGCCAGCUUGCAGUCAAGUUUCUAGGGGGGCACAGUCUACUGUAGGUAUAUUGGUCGGCAACUUUUUUUUUCAGGGGAAGGGGCUGGCUAUGGGCCUGAAGACUAUUGGUCUGAAAAGAGUCUAGGAAGCUCCAUGUUAAACAAUGUUCUAAACUUCUAAAAGUCAAGUGUAUCAACCUACUAUCAACAGCUGCCAAACAAAAUUUAGCACAGCAUAGUAUAGACCAUACAAAAUGUAGAUUUAAUUCCUUUAAAGGGCACAUCAAUUGACCAUUUCAAAAUCGUAUGUAAUCUUUGAGUGACAUUUAACCGUCGGGAAACGCAUACAAGAAGAACACAGUUUUAUGGGAUGCAGUCACUAGUUUUAUUCUAAAAUCGUAUGUAGUUGAAGUCAGUAUUAAUUAUAAACACUUUAGCCAGUUGCACACCAGUCUGAUCGCAGUUAUUCGAUAUACGGCCGUUAUUAUCUGCCAGACCCUCGAAAACACUUCUCUAUUUUUCAAUUACAGUCUUAAUCCAGGUUUUGGCGCUUGACGUCACACGGACUAUACAUCUUAUCACACACUGAUCUGCAGUGAAUAUUCGCUUGGCCUGCUGUGUCGCAUUAUCUCUGUAAAACAGAUUGAUCUUAUCACUGAUACACAGGUUGAUAUGGACUGACAACGUUGCAAUUAACAUGCUGGCUUAUACUAAUCAUUACCUUAUAGAAAAAAGCAAAUUCUGUAUAUGGUAGAAGCGUAUUUGGUCUAGAUUAUAACUUAUGACUAAAUUUUAAUAUUAAUUUGAUUAAUUCUACAUUAUCUUUAAUUGUGUGACUGAGAAUUGUGUUGGUCUUACAAAGGUAGAAACUGCUCCUUUUUUCAUAAAUUUAUCAACUACUAAGUUUAAUGGAAAGAGUGGGUGUGUUGUUUUGUAACUUAUUCAAAUCCUGAAGGUCGCAAUAAACAUUUGUUGUGGUUUACCGCAUAACUUUAUUGAAAUUUUCGGAAUAUGCUUAGAAAAAUAAAUCCCGGUGAUCCAUUCCCACAAUUCAAUCGUUACCAUCCAUUAUCGACAUCAUACCAGUUACUGUUUAAAACAGUUAACCCCAAAUAGCACAAACAUUAAUUCUUUUUUAUAGGCCCACAUUGAAAUGUAAUCGUAAAUUGUCGUCUCCCCCAUCCGUUGGUCCGGCGUCCACAAGCAAUUCCUUUUUAUACGCCCACAUUGAAAUGUCCGUAUGUCCGUCAGUCCACAAUUGCCUGUGGACGCUCUAGAGGCUAUUAAUAUCCGAUUGAUUUUAAAUCGAUACACGUGUUUAAAGCCAUAAGACGAAGAAGACUAUUGAUUUUGCAGCGAUAAUUACUGCCAGAGUUAUGGCCCUUGAUCACCUUGAAAAAUAAUGAGGACGCUCUAGAGGCUAAAGUUAAUAUAAAUUGUCUAAGGUCAUGAGACAAACAAUCCACACAAAUUCUGAUGUUUUCUGAUAAUUACUUCAUGGGUUAUUACUCGUAAUCAGAUUUUCAUGUGUUGUAAAUGUUCUCAUUACUGGCAAAAGAAAAAUAUGCGACUACACACGUUGACUGCCGGAUGACUUAACUGCCGUGGGCGUAUGUUUCGUUGCCUGGCAACCUAUCUUUUCAGCAUAGAAUUCUUUCAAAGAAAAUAACCAAAAGGGGCAGAUACAUGUGGUUUUCUUGUGGUCUCCUCACGUUGGAGGUAAAAUUUUGACUACCGACAUCUUUUAAUUUGUAAACUUCUAGUUAUUUAAAUUCAGUCGAAAUUAUUCGACAAACACCAUGGACCUUAUAAUACAUUUGUUAGGAACUACAUGUUUCUACUUGUCCAUAAUUGCAUUUGGCAACGUCGUAUUUACGGGAGGUCUAUUUUUGCGACUGAGUGAAGAUGACUCAAUUAAUUUGGUGUGAACUUGCUGUAAAGUGUAUAUAGUAACUACAGGCUACAAAUAAAAAAAUAAAUUUGUUUGGCCAUAUUAUGUUAAAUAACGAUAUUAUUAUUAUUAUUAUAAUAUAUAAAAAAAGAAAAUAACAGAAUUAACCUGGAUGUCAAGAUAAAACAAAUGCUAAUCAGAGCCUCUACUUCAUUCAUAAUAACACAGGACAGGAGUGUAGUCAAGGCCAGGCAUGGGGGUGGGUGCGAGUGAAAAUAUUUGGAAUGUGGAACUUUGUUAGGUAUAAAUACUACAAACCAUGUGAAUUGUUGGCUAUAAUGAAAUGGUGUGAUCCAUUGGGGUCAUCAGAGAAUGAACCCCAUCGAUAUUCAGCGUUCCUCUACCUUCUAUUCUACACCAGUUCAUACAGGAAUGUGCUUAUGACUUAAAUCAUUCUUAGUGUAUCUUAUGUUAAAAUAUGUUAUUACAUAUUCAGUCUUUUUGAAAGUUUUGUUAAAAUGUGUUAUUACAUGUACAUAUUCAGUCCUAGUGAGAAUUAUGUAAAAAUUGUUAUUACAGAUUCAGUCUUACAGUAUAUAAUAUAGUAUGUUGAAAUGUUAUGUUAAGCUGUUUUGAAUGGAUUUUGUAUAAUAUUAUUUAAAGGGACAUAUACUUAAUUUGUAUUUCAUUAAUGUGCUUGCACGUAGGUCUUUAGCAGUGGGAAGAACGGGGGAAAUCCCAUGCACAAAGUUGACCCCUCGUCUUUGAUGGUAAAUGUUAUGUUAAAGGGCCAAUCCCGAUAAUAUUUUGGAGAAUAAAACUGCUUAAUUUUGUGAUAAAAUCCCUUAAAAUCC